UUUGCAAAUAGAAAAAAAAAAAAAAGUGAAAGUACUUUUUGAGAUCUGUAAGUAACGUGUUGGCCAGCCUCGGUGAAGUCCGAGUCUUCUUGUCUUCUUCAGUUCCGGUACCCCCUUCUUUAAUAGUUAAUAGCCCAGACCCUGAGACCUCAAAGGGAAGUUCACUGUCAAUAACCGGAAAACUCAACCAAUCCACCUUAUUCAAUAAUGGAGAAUGAGAAACAACAACAGCAAACAGAAGAUAAACAACAAAAUCAUCAAGAAGAAGAUAAACAACAACAGCAAGAUCAACAGAAUCAUCAAGAAGAGAAACAGCAACAAGAAGAGCAACAAGAACAAGAGAAACAUGAUGAAGAAGCAGAAAAUAAGCACAACCACACAGCAUCACGAUUUCCAUUAAGCAAGAGGUCAACACCACCAAAGACUAUUCCAAAAGCUCAAUUACCACCAUCUGAUCAUUCUCCUGUUGAUUCUCCUCUUUCAUCUGAUCAUUCUUCUCUCAGUCACGGCUUCUCUCCACCACCACUAGCAUCUCAACCUUCUGACCCUAACUCUCUUGAAGAAGAAGCAGAAAAUAAGCACAAUCACACAGUAUCACGAUUUCCAUUAAGCAAGAGGUCAACACCACCAAAGACUAUUCCAAAAGCUCAAUCACCACCAUCUGAUCAUUCUCCUGUUGAUUCUCCUCUUUCAUCUGAUCAUUUUUCUCUCAGCCACGGCUUCUCUCCACCACCACUAGCAUCUCAACCUUCUGACCCUAACUCUAAGCCACCAGCUCUGGCAGUUUCCAAGGCGGAGUUCAAUCAGUCAACUGCUACUACUGUUGAAGUUGAAGAGCAGAGUCAAAAACUCGGUUCUGGUAGUGGUAAAAGAUUGAGGCCUGAUUUGUCCAUAUUAAGAAGAACCAAAAGAGAUAAGAUGGUGAAAAAGGCUUCGUUGUGGUCUAGGAUUUCUGGGUUUGUUUUUUGUUUGGUUUCUUUCUCUGUUUUAGCUGCUGAUAGAGAUCAAGGUUGGGCUCUUGAUUCUUUCUACCGUUACAAGGAGUUCAGAUUCUGUAUGGCAGUGAAUGUGAUAGGAUUUGUAUACUCAGGGAUUCAGGCAUAUGAUCUAGCUUACCAAUUGACCUUUGGAAAACAGAAACCCCGGAGUCGCCUCCGGUGUUACUUAGAUUUCGUUUUGGAUCAGAUGCUGGCUUAUCUUCUCAUAUCAGCAUCAUCUUCAGCUGCUGUCCGAGUUGAUGACUGGCAAUCGAACUGGGGAAAAGACAAGUUCCUGGAGAUGGCAAGGGCCUCUAUGGCAUUGUCGCUGGUAGCAUUUAUUGCAUUGGCCUUAAGCUCACUUAUAUCUGGUUAUACCCUUUGUACUUUCAAAUCUAUGUAACCGACAAUACUUCUGCUAUCUACAUGUUAGUUUAAAAAGAACAAUCUGUGCCGGAACCAGGUGGUAGGGCCAUUAAAUUGUGUAUACAGAAGUUUACCCUUGUUUCUCUUGGAAUAUGCGUAAAGCAAAGAUGUUGAAUGA